AUGGAUGAACAAAUUAGUGGCACCAUAUUAAUUGCUAUAGCCUCCUAUGGCCUCCAAGACCAGAUCAAAGUCUCCACCGCCAUAGAGUUUGGCCUCCUCGGCACCUCCUACCCGCCCUCUGACGGAUCCUUUAGGGACGACGCAAAACCCUACAUAAACCCUAUUAUAAACUUUCUCGCCAGCAAUGGUUCCCCGCUUCUGGCCAAUGUCCACCCCUAUUUUAGUUACAUCGGUGAUCGCCAAAAUAUCAAACUUCAGUACGCCUUGUUCACCGCCCCCGGCGUCGUCGUCCAUGACCCGAACAGCAACCUCGACUACCGGAACCUCUUUGAUGCCCUAAUGGAUGCUCUAUACUCUGCUCUCAAGAAGUCCAACGGCGCGAACGUGGAAAUUGUUGUGUCGGAGAGCGGGUGGCCAUCGGCCGGCGAGUCGGCGGCGACGACGGAGAAUGCAGGGACUUAUUACAAGAACUUGAUUGAUCAUGUUAAGGGAUCAGGCGGAACCCCAAAGAAGCCUGGACGAGCAAUACAGACUUAUUUGUUUGCCAUGUUUGAUGAGAAUAAGAAGCCGUGUGCUCCCACGGAGCAGCACUUUGGUCUUUUCUCGCCUGACAAACAACCCAAGUACCAAAUUAGCUUUAAUUAAAUACGUAUUUAUCAUAUGCGGAUCUUGUGAGAGAGUGGCUAGCUUCUGGCCCUGCUAGCUAUAUGUAUCUCACUGUAAUAAAGGCUUGUUCAUGGGAAAAGCUAUUUAUGCUAUAAUAUUAUGUUGGAAUAAGAUUUUCUAA